GAGCGGAAUCGCGAGACGGCAGCUGGAACCGAUCGGCGACGCGCGAUCACGCAUCCGCUUCGCUACCACGCUGCGUUAGCGUCUCUCGUCGUCGUUAAUCAUGGUCCUGCGUGACCGCGAACUGCCAGGACACCAGCAACAUGCCGUGCGACGACCGUUCAGGAAGGACGCGUGCACGUGUCGCCGCGAUAGCGAUAACAUUGCUUCUCCUCACGUUGAAUAUCAAGUGCAUAGAUACCGAGAAUUUAGGACUGGAAGGCAUUUGCGUAUUGAAGGGCCUUCAUCCUCUUCUUAUCGUCACCUAUAAACAUUUCACUAUAUCUGUAGACAUGAUAGGUGUGCCUAAUAAUGAACGGCUCAUGGUGAGAUGUCGAGAAAUAGGUAAAUAUAAGUUCAUCGGCGAUUCUUUACUGCACUGCCGCGACGGAACGUGGGAUGGAAAGACACCUUAUUGCGUGCCCACCACGGCGAUCUCCAAUUACACUGAAGAUGUACCGCCAACUAUCGUCUUCGGUCUACCCGCUGGUUCGGCUGUAGUGGAGCCGACCGGUGCACUCGCUGUUUAUCCAGGAAGUAUCUUACAUCUAGAAUGUCUCUUCGCUAGGAAGUUAGGCAAUCCCGAAUGGACGUGGACUUCAACGUUCCGUAAAUAUCUGACAGGAUGGGCGAUUGCUGCACGGGAAAGAGAUUGGAAAUAUCGCUUAUCGAUAUACUAUGCUAAACCUCAGGAUUCUGGAGUAUACACAUGCACCACACCGAAAGGAUUAAGCAAUUCUAUACGAGUUCGUGUCACAGAUGUUCAAUGCCCGGUACUGGAUGUUCCGGAGCCGCCGUUAAUAAGUCGCAUCGAGGGUAGCCGAAUGGGACACAGUGCUGUUUUCGACUGUCCAGUAGGAUACAGAUUGGAAGGUGCUUCCAGUAUCACGUGCCAGUACAACGGCAAAUGGUCGACGGAGGUACCGCGUUGUGAAAAGAUCAAAUGUCCGGAGAUAAAUAUCCGAAACAACGCGCUGUUGGAAUUAAAUGAGCACAAUAACACCUAUGGCGAGAAAGCUGUCUUCACUUGCAUGUGGGGAUACAAACUUUUAGGCUCGCAAAGUAUAACAUGCGAAGGGGAUGGCAAGUGGAACGGAUCUAUGCCGACUUGUCAAAAGAUUACUUGUCCUACACCGGAAACACCACGAAGCGGGCGUAUUGUGGAGCAACCGCGAUAUUCUAACAAGAAACAGAAUCAUGGUCGAACGUACAAAGUUGGCGCUUUAGUGCGAUUCGCCUGUCAACCGGGUCACCAACUGAUAGGAGAAGCGGCCACCAUAUGCACCGAAAACGGCACUUGGACUCAUGAUCCGCCCGUAUGUAAAGUAAGAUGCCCUUAUCCAGGUGAUCCUCCUCAUGGCCGAAUAGCGCCUCUCAAGUUUUGGUACAAACCGGGAGACAACAUACAGGUAACGUGCUCACCUGGCUAUGUGACUCCCUUGGAACCAGUAAAAAAGCCAUCCUGUCGGGAAAAUGGCAUUUGGAGCGCACCGCCACCACCUUGUCGAUCUUACAAAGAGGUGUAAGAGCAAAAACGGAUUGUUGAACACUCCUGAGAGCCUCUCACGGACUGCCGUGCUAUUUUAUCUUACAUGACAAAGAACAUUCGAUAUUCAUUAUACGGGUAGCAAACGUGCAUCAAUACUAAGAGAGACGUGGAAACUCGCGUCAGGCACACACUUUGUUUCAAAGGGUAGAUACGUUACGUAAAGUUAAUAUCAAGCGAUGAAUAUAGUUAGAGUUACGAUAUAUCGAACAAAUCGACAAAUAAUCAGUAGAUCACCCUUCUCUCCUGGAAGGAGCAAUUUGCGUUAAAUGUAGAACAUGAAACGACCAGUAUUUUGUUUAUAAUUCUCUUCCAGACGUACAACGAUUUUAAUAAAAACAAAUCCCUUUUUCUUAA